UGAGGAGCCCCGCAUCAACUACUUGUGGCGCUCACGCCUAAGUCCAUCGCGCACCGCGGGGAGUUGCCAUGAUCUAACUAGAGUUGAAUUGGAACCGCGCUACACGACGCCAUCACAGCAACGCGGCAACCGUUCCAGCCGCAGUGUGUGGUUCUAAUUUCACUGUAGUUGGAGCAUAGUAUGUGGAUCGCUUUGCGCAACGGACCUCAGCUGUGCGCGCUACAUGGAGUUGUAGCACCGCGGUCUACAUCUCCUGGAGCCCUAAGUACUUAGGCAACAUCCAAACUAAUAACACCCAAAGCGCAGAUAACCACGAUGUCGAUCAACUAGAAACCUCAGAAGUGAGGAGGUCCGCUACAAGUCCAUGUGGCGCAUAUUUGAUGCCCAUCGCGCACCGCGGGCGAGUUGCCACGCCCCAACUGGAAUCGAACUGAAACCGCGCUACACGACGCUAUCGCGGCAACCUUUCUAAGCCGCAGUGUGUAAGUGCAUAGGCGUCUAGAUUACCUCAUCGUCCUACAGUUACAGUGAUUCAAUAGAGUCGUGGGCAAGACAGCGUGGAGGAAUGGGACGUUGUUUUGUCAAAAGCGCGCCCUGAUGCCGCGCUCACUACAUAUAAAGCCAGGACGUGGAUGGACUUGUUCCCUUGCAAUAACUGCAUCAGUCCUACUACUACUCUGCAUAUUUCUUCUCUAUCAUUCUCCCUCACUUUCUAGUGAUCCUGUACCUUAUCAAACAUGACAGUUACACUUGACAGAGAUAUCGCAACCACGGCUGGUAGGCUUGCUGGGAAAAACGCCAUUGUAACCGGCGCCGCCGGUGGCAUUGGACUCGAGACAGCCAUCCAGAUGAGCAAAGAGGGAGCUUCCGUCCUCUUAACCGACGUCGCCCAACCGGCACUGGAAAGGGCCCUGCUGAAAGUCAAGGAGAUCGUCCCCGACCGCUCCGGUAAGCUUGAAGCCCGAGUGGUCGACGUGUCCAAGGAGAGUGAAGUCGAAGCUGCCGUAGCGCACCUUGACUCCUGGGGCGGACUGGACGUCAUAUUCAACAAUGCCGGCAUCAUGCACCCCAAGGAUGGAGAUGCCGACGAGUGCUCCGAUGCUAUAUGGGACUUGACCCAGAACAUCAACGUCAAGGGUGUCUGGUACGGGUCCAAACAUGCUGUCCGCUCGCUGCGGAAACACGGCAAGAAAAAGGGCAGCAUUAUCAACACGGCUAGCAUGGUGGCUCUCGUGGGAGCGGCGACACCUCAACUUGCGUAUACAGCUAGCAAGGGAGCUGUUUUAGCCUUGACACGCGAGCUGGCCAUUGUGCAUGCUAGGGAGGGGUAUCGCUUCAACUCGCUCUGUCCUGCACCCCUCAACACACCUCUGUUGCAGGAUUGGCUUGGAGACGAUCAAGCCAAGAGGCUUCGACGGGAAGUUCAUUUCCCGAGUGGUCGAUUUGGCGAGGCGAUUGAGCAGGCCUAUGCCGUAGUCUUCCUAGCCAGCGACGAGAGCAGCUUCGUCAAUGCUACCGACUUUGUGGUAGACGGAGGCUUGACAAAGGCAUACGUAACCCCGGAAGGACCAGCAACGCAGGGGCCCAAGAACUUAGGUAGUGCUUAGGGUUUGACUAGAAGGUCUUCAGAGUUAAGCUAGCACAUGGCGUUUUGUUUCUUUGCCAGUGGUUUGGGAGGGUAGCUGUUCUAGUAUGUUACGCGAAUGAUAUC